AAUAGUUGGGGGGUGGUAAGGGUGAGCUGGUGGCAGAGAAGAGUGAGAGAGAGUGAGAGCUUCCUCUCACUCUCUACAGUAUGUGAUCACUGGUCUGCUGCAUUACUCUACAAUGCUAUUUCUCUCUGUAGUCCUCCACUCCCUCCCUCUCUCCUCCGCUCUGUCUCCCUGUAAGCAGUAAUCUCUAGUCGCUCUCGCUGUCUCACAGCUCUCUGCCCUGCCACAGCGCAUCUCUCUCUCCCCUCAGCUCCACUUUCUCCCCAGUGAGGAUGACAUCCCCGAAUUUGAUGAACCAGCGAAGCUCUCAUUCUGGCUGGUGGCUUCCAAGAGAGACCCCACAUGAACGGGCUUACUGGACGAGGAGGUGCCGCGUCUAAGGAGCUUGGUAGGAAACCUGUCAGCUGUAGCAGCAUCUAAAUUAGUGACUACAUCCAUCAAGUCUCUCUAGAUAGGACUAUCCCUUGGAAAAACGUCAUCACUUUAAAAACGAAAAACAGCCAGUAUUGCCGGACACAUGUCACAGGUAUUACUCUGCACAUGGUUGAGCAGGAGAUCUCACUCGUCCAGAGGAAGAUGUCUGACCUUGAGUCAGUGCUGCAGCAGAAGGAUAUAGAGUUGAAGGCCUCAGAGACCCAGAGGACCAUCCUGGAACAGGACCUGGCAACCUACAUCACAGAAUGCAGUAGUCUUAAGCGCAGUUUGGAACAGGCGCGUAUGGAAGUGUCACAGGAGGAUGAUAAAGCACUGCAGCUCCUCCAUGACAUCCGGGAACAGAGCAACAAGCUUCAAGAGAUCAAAGAGCAGGAAUAUCAUGCCCAGCUGGAAGAGAUGCGAGUUUCCAUCAGACAACUGGAGGAGGACCUGUCUGCUGCCCGUCGCCGCAGCGACCUGUACGAGGCUGAGCUGAAAGAGUCUCGGCAGACCAGCGAGGAACUGAAGAGGAAGGCUGCAGACUACCAGCAUAGGAUGCAGAAGGUCUACACUGCUAAAGAACAAGGCAAAGCAGAAGCAGAGGAGAUGAUCACCAAGCUGGAGAAGAUGAAUGCUGAGCAGCAAACAAAGAUCCACGAUCUUCAAGAGAAGCUUGCCAAGUCAUUAAAGGCCAGUGCUGAGGCUACAGACCUCCUUCAGAGUAUGAGAGUGGCCAAAGAGCGCAUGGAGCGAGAUCUAGAGAGGCUACAGAACAAGGAAGACUCCAGUGACAGCCUGCGCAGACGCCUCCGUGAGACUGAGGAUGGUAGGAAGACUCUCGAGAACCAGGUGAAAAGGCUGGAGAUUGUUGAGCGCCGGGAGACUAAACUGAAGGAUGAGAUCCAAAGCAAGGGCCAGCAGAUUCAACAGAUGGCAGAUAAGAUUCUGGAGCUGGAGGAGAAUCUGCGAGAGACUCAAGCCACGGCCCAGCGGUUGGAGACUCAUCUGAAACAGAAGGAGAAGCUAUAUGAGGAUAAGAUAAAGGUGUUGGAGGCUCAGAUGAAGGCGGACAUGGCUGAUAAGGAGAUGCUGGAGUCCAGUCAGAGCAAAUAUGAGGAGGAGGUGCGGGAAAAGUGCAGCAUCAUCAGUGAACAGAAGGCGACCAUAAAUGCUAUGGACUCUAAGAUGAACAACCUGGAGCAGAGAAUUGCUGAACUGUCUGAGGCCAACAAACUAGCAGCCAACAGCAGUAUCUACACCCAGAAAAAUAUGAAAGCCCAGGAGGAGAUGAUCUCAGAGCUUCGCCAGCAGAAGUUCUACUUGGAGUCUCAGGCUGGGAAGCUGGAGGCCCAGAAUGCCAAACUGGAAGAGCAUCUAGAGAAAAUGAGUCAGCAGGAGCAAAGCAAUAAGAGCCGUGUGCUGGAAUUGGAAACCAGGCUCAGAGAGAUUGGGCUGGAGCAUGAAGAACAGAAGCUGGAGAUAAAGCGUCAAGUGACGGAGCUGACCCUGUCACUGCAAGAGCGCGAAUCCCAGAUCAGCAACCUGCAGGCAGCUCGCCAUGCUCUGGAGAGCCAACUGCAACAGGCCAAGACUGAGCUGGAGGAGACCACCGCAGAAGCUGAGGAGGAGAUCACUGUGCUCAGAGCACACAGAGAUGAGAUACAGCGCAAGUUUGAUGCCUUGAGAGACAGCUGCGCAGUGAUCACAGAUCUGGAAGAGCAGCUGACCACACUGACCCAAGAGAAUGCUGAGCUGAACCGUCAGAACUUCUACUUGUCCAAGCAGCUGGAUGAGGCCUCUGAUGAGAGAGAGGACCGGCUUCAGCUCAGCCAGGAUGUGGACAGGUUGCGUCGGGAGGUGGCUGACCGUGAGAUGCACCUUAACAACCAGAAACAGAACCUUGAGACAUUGAAAACCACAUGCACCAUGCUGGAGGAGCAGGUUCUGGAGCUGGAGACCCUGAAUGAUGAGCUGCUGGAGAAGGAGAGACAGUGGGAUGCCUGGAGGGCAACAUUGGAGGAAGAGAAGAGCCAGGCUGAGAGGAGGACCAGGGAGAUCCAGAGACUGCUGGACACAGAGAAACAGAACAGGCUUCGUGCAGAGCAGCGCAGCUCUGAAUCUCGUCAGGCUGUGGAACAGGCAGUUAAGGAGCACAAAGCUGAGAUCCUGGCCCUGCAGCAGGCCCUCAAAGACCAAAAACUCAAAGCUGAGAGCCUUGCAGACACUCUGAAUGAUCUGGAGAAGAAGCACGCCAUGCUGGAGAUGAACGCCCGCAGUUUGCAGCAAAAACUGGAGAGUGAGAGGGAUCUGAAGCAGAGACUGCUAGAUGAGCAAGAGAAGCUGCAGCAGCAGAUGGAUGCCCAGAAGACCCACAUCUUCCGUCUGACCCAGGGGCUGCAGGACGCUCUGGACCAGACUGACCUGCUAAAAACUGAGAGGACAGACCUGGAAUACCAGCUAGAGAAUAUCCAGCUCCACCUGCAGGCUGUGUACUCCCAUGAGAAGGUGAAAAUGGAGGGGACCAUCACCCAGCAGACCAAGCUCAUAGACUUCCUCCAGGCCCAGGCCCAUGGUGGCUCCAAGAAGAAGAAGGGUCUAUUUGGACGUCGGCGGGAGGACCUGUUGGCUGCCAUGGCUGCUCAGGCACAGGCCCAGGGACAGAGUCAGGGUCAGGUUUCCCCUGUGCCGCCCAUCCAGCCGGUUCCUCUGCAGUACAGUGACAUGAAGGCAGCUCUGGACAAAGAACGGGCACGGUGCUCUGAGCUGGAAGAUGCUCUGCAGAAAAUGAGAGCAGAGCUGCGAUCUCUGAGAGAGGAAGCACUCCAGUAUAAAGAUCAUGGUAACUCUACAAACCCGGCCACAGCACGGCAGCAGAUGAUUAUGUCUGCCAUGGUAAAGUCUCCAGAGCACCAGCAGGGCCCGACCAGCCUGGCACCCUCCAACUCUGGACGCAGGAAGGAGACUGCAACACCUGAGGAGAGAAGGAGGGUCACUUUUGAAAAGUAUAGCCGUCGUUUGAAGGACAGUCAGAGAGACAGAGAGAGGGAGAGAGAGAGAGUGGUGCACCACAACACCCCACACCGCUUCACAGUGGGACUCAACAUGAGAGCUGCCAAAUGUACUGUUUGCCUGGAUACUGUGCACUUUGGUCGCCAAGCAGCUACCUGUCUCGAAUGUCACGCUUUGUGCCAUCCAAAAUGCUCCCCCUGCCUUCCAGCCACGUGUGGCAUGUCCAGCGACUGCUCACUGCAUCUGUCUGAGGGCCUGUGUCGGGACAAAGGCAGCUCUCCAGGCCAGCAGCUCAAAGAAGCUAGCGGACACAUGCACCUGGAGGGCUGGAUGAAACAGCCCAGGAAUGGGAAGCGAGGCCAAGGCUGGGAGAGGAAGUAUGUGGUCCUGGAUGGAACUAAAGUGUCCAUCUACGAGAUAGAGCCCAGAGAAGACUCAGUGAAGCCACUGGAGGAAUUUGACCUGUGUCUGUCAGAUGGAGAGGUGGUGGUUCAUGGAGCUGUAGGAGCAUCUGAGCUACCAAACACCGCCAAGUCAGAUGUUCCUUACGUCCUGAAGCUGGAGUCCCGUUGUCACGCCCCCUGCUGGCCUGGACAGUCUGUUUACUUCAUGGCUCCCAGUUUCCCAGACAAACAGCGCUGGGUAGCUGUCAUGGAGUCUGUGGUGGCGGGGGGGCGAGCCUCACGGGAGAAGGCCGAGGCCGACGCAGCUGCUGUGUCCAAAAGACAAAUGGUUCUGUCUCCUCUGGUCCAGAAACUGCUGGGAAACUCUCUUCUAAAGCUGGAGGGAGAUGAUAGGCUGGAUAUUAACUGCACCCUGCCGCUCACAGAUCAGAUUGUUCUGGUGGGCUCUGAAGAGGGUCUGUAUGCCCUGAAUGUUAUCAAGAACUCCCUGACUCACAUCCCUGGUCUGGGAUCAGUCUUUCAGAUCCACAUCAUCAAAGAGCAGGAGAAGCUGCUGAUGAUUGUUGGGGAUGAGAGGGCGCUGUGCCUGGUGGAGAUAAAGAGAGUAAAGCAAUCUCUGGCCCAGUCCCAUCUCCCCAGCCAGUCUGAACUGGCUCCCUACAUCUUUGAGACAGUGAAGGGCUGCCAUCUGUUUGCUGCUGGGAGAAUAGACAACGGUCCUUGUAUAUGUGCUGCAAUGCCUAACAAGAUAACCAUCCUGCGCUACAAUGACAAUCUCAACAAAUACUGCAUUCGCAAGGAAAUUGAAACUCUGGAGCCCUGCAGCUGCAUCCAUCUGACCAGCUAUAGCAUCAUUAUUGGCACCAACAAGUUCUAUGAGAUUGAAAUGAAGCAGUUCGUGCUUGAGGAGUUCUUGGAUAAGAACGAUGUGUCACUGGCCUCGGCAGUGUUUGCAGCUUCAUCCCACAGUUUCCCCAUCGCCAUCAUGCAGGUGGCCAGCAGCAUGCAGAAGGAGGAGUACCUGCUGUGUUUUCACGAGUUCGGAGUGUUUGUGGACACAUACGGACGAAGAAGCCGCACUGAUGAAAUUAAGUGGAGCCGCCUGCCUUUGUCCUUUGCCUACAGAGAGCCUUACCUGUUUGUCACCUACUUCAACUCCCUGGAUGUCAUCGAGGUGCAGGGACACGCUGCACUGGGUCCUACAGUGCUGGCCCACCUGGACAUCCCAAACCCUCGCUACCUGGGCCCAGCCAUCUCCUCUGGGGCCAUUUACCUGGCCUCCUCCUACCAGAACAAACUGCGGGUCAUCUGCUGCAAAGGAAGUCUGAUCAGAGAGUCUGGAGAGCUGCAGAGGACCGGCUCCAGCCGAGGGAGUCCCAGUAAGCGAGGCCCGCCCACCUACACAGAGCACAUCUCUAAGCGUCUGUCCUCGGGCCCCGGCAGCCAUGACGGCCUCCAUCGAGAGCCCAGCACUCCGCAUCGUUACCGGGAGGGCCGCACUGAAUUCAGACGGGACAAGUCUCCCGCCCGACCGCUGGACAGAGAGAAGUCGCCUGGCAGGGUGCUGGACAGUCGCAGGGAGAGGUCCCCUGGGAGAUUCGGGGACAGCACCCGACUCCAUGCUGGGUCUGUCCGAACACAGCUCGCCCCCGUUAACAAGGUGUGGGACCAGUCAUCGGUGUGAAACCAGCUCUGCACUGCUCCUGCCUGGAGGUCUGAAGAGAAACCAUUGGAAACCCUUGAUCCACGUGCAAGCACACACAUAUACAUGCGCACACACACACACACACAUCCCUCAGGCUGACUUUCAGCCUGAUUGCCUGUACAUAGUGCAGUCUCAGUUCCUCGUUCAACAACACAUAAACCUGCACUGGGAGACGUCUCCUGCGACAAUCCUGUUUUCUGACACGUGCUUUCAUGGGAGAAAUCCUGCAGUAGAUUUGGCGGCAGGGAGCCUUCGCUGAUCUACAGAUCAAGAGAAUCUUUAUAAUAUAUCCUACAAGUUGUAAAUAUUGUUGUCUGAGUUUUUAUAGAUAAAGGGAAUAGUCGGCUGGUAAAGCCAUGUCUAUUUUUUUUAAAAAUGAGUUUCUAAAGAUGUUGCAGGGAGAUUAAUGAUGUCGUUGGUUAAGAAAUAUUAUAUCAAGAUUUCAUUAGAAUCUGAAAUAUCACAUCAGGUUUUUUCUCUGUUCAGAGAAUCAAACUGACAUUUAAUUAUUCACAUAAAUCACGAAGAGAAACUCUGAGGAAGCAACACUUUGCACAUGAGAUUGGAUUUGAACAGGAGUUAAAAACUCAUUCUUGUUACAUGACCAGUCUUCUUUCUUUGGAUCAAAUGUAUGGUCCUCUUGACUAAAUAGCCUUUGAUAUAUAAUUGCAUAUGAUUGCUUUAUUGACAGUCGUCGUCCGGCCAUACUUUGUAAAACAAUUAUUAAGCAAUGUUUUGCUCCAAGUGUUCCUUGUGUUGUUUUUAGCAAACCUAAGAUGAAGAAACACGCAGCUCUGCCUCUGAUGCCGGACGUCGUGCGGUCAGGCCGGCUGACGCCGCCUCAGCUUGCUCUUACUCCACUGCUGCUGCUGCUGUUGAUUAUGGUACAGAUGUCCUGUUCCUGUGCAGUGAUAUGAAGUCUAGUUAUCGUCAGGGGUCGUCACUUUCUAGUAUUGUUUCUUUAGAGCCAGUAAGACCACCUCCAUUCGUCACAUCAGUGAGCAUGACUAACUUAGAGCAGCACUUGUCGCUUUUUCGAUCUUGAUUCUUUCUCUUGGUUGUUCCUUUCUGUCAUGUAUUCACUUGAAUUUGCAUUCAAUAAGUAGACAUUGAUGUUAGACAGUGUUGACAGUAUGAUUUUUAGAGAUGUAUACCAGUACAUGCAUUAAACAUGAUUGAAGUGUU